AUGCUAACAGCUGGGUAUCUCAUGUACGGAGACAACGUAGGAUCACAAAUAACUCUGAAUCUACCAAGUGGAGAAGUUAGUGCAAAAGUGGCUAUUUAUUCCACUUUGUUUAUUCGAAUUACAAAGUAUGCAUUAGUGAUAACUCCAGUUGCAACUGCCCUUGAACGUGAGCUAUCUGCAAAUUACAGGAAUUGGGGACCUUUACGAAUGCUUAUCCGAAUCGGAUUGCUUACGAGCACGGCAAUUGUGGCACAUGUAUUUCCAUAUUUUGAGAACCUCAUGGCCAUCAUUGGUUCUAUAUUUGUUGUGGCAGCUUCAUUUGUACUCCCAUGCUUGUGCUAUUUGAAGAUUGCUGUUUCACUCAAUGGUUGGAGCAGUAAGUUGAUGGGUGUUGUAGCAAUAAUAGUAUUUGGAAGUGUAGCAGGAAUUUUAGGGACCUAUUCAGCCUUUGUUGACCUUUUACAAAAUGUUUAG